UCCGUUGUUGUUCUGUGUUUUUAAAAGGCCUACAUGCCACGAGGUCAGGCUAAAGUGAAGGGGGUGGACCAGUGUGACGCAUCUGCUCUGCUCAACCUGAUCAACUACUGUACAUGUUUCUGCUUUGUGGAUCCAAAGCUGGUGAGACAGGUGAUUCAGUGCAGGAACGAGCUGAUGCAUUCGUGCGAGUUUCGGGUGAAGGAUGACUGGAUGAGGCACUACAGGACGACUCUGAAGCACUUUGUGCAGCAGCUCAGCAGCGUACCCCACAUGCAAACCGUUGGGAGACAAAUGGAAGAUAUGCUGACUGUUGAUCUCUCCAUAUGUGUGUAUGGUGUCGACCGACUGGACUCCGCUGGUACAGAUCCUGAUUCUGUCAGUGAGCAGGAGACCAGCCCUGAGGUAGUCAGCCAAUGGGAGGCUGAGCUGCUGCAGGAGGUGUUGCAGGAGUGUCUGCAAGCUGCUAAUGAGGAAGAUGAGGAUGCAAAGUCACAUGACACGGAGCAGCUGAAGAAGCUGCGGGGCUUCCUCCAGGCUAACAAAGAUCUAGGUGAAAGGUUUUCCACAGAGCUCCAAGUUAUCAACUCUCUGGAGGUUAAAGGAGAAGAAAAAGAUUAAAAGAACACAAAAACGCAUAAAUCCCUCUGCAUGGGCUUGUUUGCAUGGUUUGAAACAGGCCAGCACUCAGAAUUCAAGUUGAUGGAUUAUAUAUUUAUUCUUUUGAAUGUUUACAUUUGUUAAAAGAAUAUUGUGGCGCGGUGCUGCAGAGAACCAAAGGUGUAACUAUUACUGUCUGUGUAUUGUGCAAAUUUCUGCCAAAAUAUCCAAACAUCGGUUUACACAGCAAAAUAAAUCGACUCAGAAACAUUUUUGUUUUGUUUUUUCUUAGAAAAACCAUAAUGUGGCUUUACUUGGAGAGAUUUUAAUAUGAGAUUUCCCAAAACGUUAGAAUAUAUUCACAGUUUUCUGUUUUUAUAUUUAUGUGAGCUCCACCUUCAGCUUUGUUUCCCUCUGGAGGCAGAUUUUCAAACGACCCUUUUGUUAAUUUAUCUCUAAUCGAUGUCAGUACUUUAAAAGUGAUUACUCUUACAGAAUAUUUGUUUUUGUUUCUUAUAUUUUGCCCCAAAACUUCCCUUUGAAAUCCUAAUAGUACACCAUCUGGAUGUGUUAUCUAAACUAGGCUAACAAAGAAGGCUAAUACUUGCCACAGAUUCAUACACUAAAAUAUAUCUUGCAAAUUUGCAGCUUUUUGACAGAUUUCUUCAGUUCCCUGCUGAAUUUAAAGAGUUAAAUCUCAACAGUCUGUAUCCUGAUUCAUUCUUCAAAUGUACUGUGAAGGCAGAAGAACAGAUCAGGGAUGACGUGGGGGAAAAAAAUGCUUCUGAAAGUGCAUUAAUAAUCUCCACUACACGCACAUUUAUUCAGUGCGAAGCACUGCAUUGUUCUUACCUUGCAAAGUUUAGGCUGUCAGACAUGUUUACGGAAGUGGACCCUGCUUGCGACCACGGUGGUCUGGCAUCUGCAACUUAUGCACACAUCAUGCGGUUUUGGUCCUUAGCUCUGACUCGUUCAUCUAUCCCUCCAAAGAGGAAGAAGGCUUCACUGCCUUUUUUCACUCAUUUAUGUCUAAUUUUGUCAAAAUGAAAAUGGAAUGGAAGGUAACGUGGGACUUUUCUAUGACUGUGUAGAAAAACUGGACUUCCCUGAUGUUCCUAAUUGACAUAUGGUACACUGUUUUAUUAUCUUUUG